AAAAAUUGGUAAAACCAUGCGUUUGAAACACUAGGAUUCGAAGGACUGAGUCUUGAGAAAACUCCUUUCGCCGUCGUCUUCCACCGUAGCAUUAGGGUUUUCCGAGUUUCACUUUUUUCUCAAUAUUCACUCUAUCCAACCGAUUCCACAAAGUAUCCCAAUUCCUUCGCAGUUCCGUUCUAGCAACAUUAUCCUGCGACACGAAAAGGAAAUGUCUAUGGUUGAGGAGCCGCUAUAUCCAAUAGCAGUGCUUAUAGAUGAGUUGAAAAAUGAUGACAUUCAGCUUCGGUUGAACUCAAUUCGAAAGUUGUCUACGAUUGCGCGGGCUCUUGGGGAGGAGCGAACGCGUAGGGAACUGAUACCCUUUUUGGGUGAGAAUAAUGAUGAUGAUGAUGAGGUACUUCUUGCGAUGGCGGAAGAGUUGGGGGUGUUCAUUCCUUUUGUUGGGGGAGUGGAACAUGCCCACAUGUUGCUCCCACCUUUGGAGACGCUUUGCACCGUUGAGGAAACUUGUGUGAGAGAUAAAGCUGUGGAAUCACUUUGUAGGAUUGGAUCACAGAUGAGGGAGAGUGAUUUGGUUGAGUAUUUCAUCCCAUUGGUGAAGAGAUUGGCAGCAGGUGAAUGGUUCACUGCUCGAGUCUCUUCAUGUGGACUAUUUCAUAUUGCUUACCCUAGUGCACCAGAAAUGUCAAAGACAGAAUUGAGAUCAAUAUACAGUAUGUUGUGUCAAGAUGACAUGCCUAUGGUUAGAAGAUCUGCUGCAUCAAAUCUUGGGAAGUUUGCUGCAACUGUUGAGUAUGCUCAUUUGAAGGCAGACACUAUGUCAAUUUUUGAGGAUCUUACUAAGGAUGAUCAAGACUCUGUUAGAUUGUUGGCUGUGGAGGGUUGUGCUGCUCUUGGCAAGCUGCUGGAGCCACAAGAUUGUGUCACACAUAUACUACCGGUUAUUGUCAACUUUUCACAGGAUAAGUCAUGGCGUGUGAGAUACAUGGUUGCAAAUCAAUUGUAUGAGCUUUGUGAAGCUGUAGGCCCUGAACCUACAAGAACGGAAUUAGUCCCUGCCUAUGUGCGGUUGCUUCGAGAUAAUGAAGCCGAAGUACGGAUUGCAGCUGCUGGGAAAGUGACCAAGUUUUGCUGGAUUUUAAAUCCAGAUCUUGCAAUUCAGCAUAUUCUUCCUUGUGUAAAGGAAUUGUCUAUAGAUUCUUCACAACAUGUUCGCUCUGCUUUAGCUUCAGUAAUAAUGGGAAUGGCUCCAGUGUUAGGGAAGGAUGCCACAAUUGAGCAGCUCCUUCCUAUUUUCCUCUCCCUUUUGAAGGAUGAAUUUCCUGAUGUGCGGCUUAAUAUCAUAAGCAAGCUUGAUCAAGUGAACCAGGUGAUUGGAAUCGAUUUAUUAUCUCAAUCUUUGUUACCAGCCAUUGUUGAGCUUGCUGAGGAUAGGCAUUGGAGGGUUCGGCUUGCAAUAAUAGAGUAUAUACCCUUGUUGGCCAGUCAAUUGGGGGUUGGUUUUUUCGAUGACAAACUUGGUGCCCUUUGCAUGCAGUGGUUACAGGACAAGGUUCAUUCAAUCCGUGAGGCAGCUGCUAACAAUUUGAAGCGCCUAGCUGAAGAAUUUGGUCCUGAGUGGGCCAUGCAGCAUAUAAUUCCACAGGUUUUGGAGAUGAGUAGCAAUCCGCACUAUUUGUAUCGAAUGACCAUUCUUCAUGCCAUCUCUCUACUUGCUCCUGUAAUGGGCUCUGAAAUCACUUGUUCGAGAUUGUUGCCUGUUAUUAUUAAUGCAUCUAAAGACAGAGUACCCAACAUUAAGUUCAAUGUGGCAAAGGUCUUGGAGUCAAUCUUCCCCAUAGUGGAUCAAUCUGUUGUGGAGACGACCAUCCGUCCAAAUCUGGUUGAGCUCAGCGAGGAUCCCGAUGUCGAUGUAAGAUUUUUUUCCAAUCAAGCACUUCAGGCGAUUGAUCAUAUCAUGAUGUCUAGCUAGGCAGCAAUCUUUAACACGCCUUAGAUUGAAUGCCUUUGUAGAGAUGCUAAUAUUAUCAAAAGUACUUGUAUUCUACUUGGUGUUCCUCAGCGAUAGCUAUAUAUGGUUUUGUGAGCGAUAUCUUAGUCAUUAGCAAUUUAGGUGAUGUUGUACCCGUGUAUAAUAUGUUGAUUGUAUGUUGCUAGGUUCUUUUUGUUUGUUGUCCUCGUAGACAGCGAAUUGCUUGUCUGUGAUUGCCAUAAAAAACUACUUCUAAAUAUUAAGGACUCAAUCUAGGUUAAGGGAGAUUAAAUCUUAGCUUGUAUAA